CUUUGUUGUGAGCCCAGGACAGCGAAGUUUGCUGCACCCCACAAGCCUUUUAGUGCUUGGGCUGAUCACUAGGAAGGUAGCAGAAAGAGAAACCCUGUUCAAACCUCAUCUGGAGCUUUUGGUCUCCCCCUCUUCCCAAAUUAAGAAAGAGGGGGACGUUUACCCACCCUCCGCUGCACUCCAAGGGCACCCCUAUGAAGGCAACUUGCUGGAUCCUGGCAGGUUUUUACCUGCUUUUCUGCUGCAAAGCAGAAGAGGGACUGAACUUCCCCACUUAUGAUGGGAAAGACCGAGUGAUCGACCUGAACGAGAAGAACUACAAGCAGGCCCUGAAGAAGUAUGACAUGCUUUGCCUGCUCUUCCAUGAGCCUGUGAGCUCUGACAGGAUCUCCCAGAAGCAGUUCCAGAUGACAGAGAUGGUCUUGGAGCUGGCAGCUCAGGUCCUGGAGCCCAGGAGCAUCGGCUUUGGGAUGGUGGACUCCAAGAAGGAUGCCAAACUUGCCAAAAAGUUAGGCUUGUUUGAAGAGGGAAGUCUCUAUGUCUUUAAGGAUGAGCGGCUGAUUGAGUUUGAUGGGGAACUGGCCACAGAUGUCUUGGUGGAAUUCCUCUUGGAUCUGCUAGAAGACCCCGUGGAGGUAAUAAACAGCAAGCUGGAGCUUCAGGCCUUUGACCAGAUCGAUGAUGAAAUCAAACUCAUUGGCUACUUCAAAGGAGAAGACUCUGAACAUUUCAAGGCAUUUGAAGAAGCUGCUGAACAAUUCCAGCCAUAUAUCAAGUUCUUUGCCACCUUCGACAAAGGGGUUGCAAAGAAGCUAGGUCUGAAGAUGAACGAGGUGGACUUCUAUGAACCAUUUAUGGAUGAGCCUGUUCACAUCCCUGAUAAGCCUUACUCAGAAGAGGAGCUGGUUGAUUUUGUGAGAGAGCACAAAAG